AUGAACGGAGCAGACAGAGUUGAAUCAGAGAUUCUAGAGCCCUUCGAGCUGUCCUUGUCGGAUCUUCGUUUGUUCUCUCGCUUUCAUUCUUCUUCUCGGAGAGAUCGAAGUCGCUGUCAAUGGAUCUCGAGAAAUGUGAUGGAAGCCCUUGGCCCUACCGGUCCAGGCCUGCUUUGCAUCACCGGCGUUCUUGGCUCCGCCCUUCUCCGCCGUCAACUCCUUCCCAUGGCUCGCAAGCUCGCUCUGCUUGAUCCCGACAAGCGGAUUCGCCUUCUCAAGGAGCACCGCUUGGGAAGCGACGUUCCUCUGAAGAAUCCAGAACGGCAUGUCUCAUCUUUUGCAAUGCAGCUCAAUCAUGAAAGCACUUGUAAAUCAAAGCUGGACUUGCAGGAGGAGGAGGACGGUGAUUUCAGAAAUCUGGGAGUUGCGUUUAAGGAACUAGGGUGUUACAUGAGGGACUUGGGUUUGUCCAUAGCCCGAGUAUGCGACAGGGAGAUUGGGGGAGGCUCGCUGGAGGAGAGUUUAUUAGAGUCUUGCACUGCAAAAGCACGUCUCAUACAUUACCACUCCGCUGCAGACCAAUGUCUUCUCAGAGAAGCAGAGAGGAGAAACCGUUCUGGUAAACGAGCAUCAAGCAAGAAAGGAGCCGAGCAUAGAAAUGGGGCUGCUCACUUCAAUCUGUGGCAACAGUGGCAUUACGAUUAUGGCAUCUUUACUCUUCUCACGGAUCCUAUGUUUCUGUCAUCUUAUUCCUACCAGGAUUCCACUCUGGUGACCAACCACUCUUAUCUGCGGAUCUAUCAUCCCAGCAACAACACAUUCUACAUGGUCAAGACUCCACAGGACAGUUUUAUAGUUCAAAUUGGAGAAUGUGCUGAUAUUUUGUCUAAAGGGAUGCUAAGGUCGACCCUUCACUGCGUUUGCAGACCAAAGAAACUGGAGCACCUAAGCCGUGAGACUUUUGUGGUCUUCUUACAGCCCAAGUGGAGCCAGACUUUCUCAGUCUCAGAAUAUACAAUGGAACAUCUUAGGUCAGACUGUCUACAGAGACAGAUUCCUGAUACAGAUGAGGUCACUAAAGUAGACAUACAGAAAAUUGUUCCACCUCUAUCGUCUCGGUUAAGGGAUGGGAUGACAUUUGCCGACUUCUCUCGAGAGACAACAAAGCAGUACUACGGAGGGAGUGGUUUGCAAUCAAAUAGAUAA